CUGAUCAGCUUGCUCUAUAGUCAAUUCGAAUAUUUUAGCAGAAAUGUUACUAAACAAGGAGAAGAAGAAGAAUCUAGAACUUCUCCUCCUACUUUCAUCUCUUCUCUUCCAUUGCGUUUCCUCCGAAAUCUUCUUUGAAGAGCGCUUUGAAGAUGGGUGGAAGAGCAGAUGGGUUUUAUCAGACUGGAAGAGAGCUGAAGGAAAGGCUGGAACUUUUAAGCACACCGCCGGGAAAUGGUCCGGAGAUCCUGAUGAUAAAGGUAUUCAGACAUAUAAUGAUGCCAAACAUUAUGCCAUAUCUGCAAAGAUACCAGAGUUCAGCAACAAGAAUAGAACUCUAGUGGUCCAGUACUCUAUUAAGUUUGAACAGGACAUUGAAUGUGGUGGUGGUUACAUUAAGCUUCAUUCUGGUUAUGUGAAUCAGAAGAAGUUUGGUGGUGAUACCCCUUACAGUUUGAUGUUUGGACCAGAUAUAUGUGGCUCUCAGACAAAAAAGCUUCAUGUUAUACUGUCCUAUCAAGGUCAAAAUUAUCCCAUCAAGAAGGAUCUACAAUGUGAAACAGACAAGUUAACACACUUCUACACGUUCAUUCUUAGGCCUGAUGCAAGUUACAGCAUCCUAGUUGAUAACCGAGAAAGAGAUUCAGGGAGCAUGUACACAGAUUGGGAUAUACUUCCCCCACGGAAAAUCAAGGAUGUUAAAGCGAAAAAGCCAGCCGACUGGGAUGAUAGAGAAUAUAUAGAUGAUCCUAAUGAUGUAAAACCAAAGGGAUAUGAUUCAAUCCCAGCUGAGAUUCCUGAUCCAAAAGCUAAAGAGCCUGAUAACUGGGAUGAAGACGAGGAUGGAAUAUGGAGGGCACCUAAGAUUCCAAAUCCAGCUUACAAAGGACCAUGGAAGCGCAAGAGAAUCAAGAACCCCAACUACAAGGGAAGGUGGAAGACUCCAUGGAUUGAUAACCCAGAGUUUGAAGAUGACCCUGACCUUUAUGUGCUGAAGCCUGUAAAAUAUGUGGGAAUUGAAGUUUGGCAGGUGAAGGCUGGCUCAGUUUUUGACAAUAUCUUGAUUUGUGAUGAUCCACAAUAUGCAAAACAAGUUGUAGAAGAUAUUUGGGCCAGUAACCGGGAGGCUGAAAAAGAGGCAUUUGAGGAGGCAGAAAAAGUGAGGAAAGCUCAGGAAGAAGAGGAGGCUAGAAGAGCUAGAGAGGAAGGUGAAAAGAGGAAGAGAGAGAGGGAUCGCCGGUAUGAAGAAAGGAAGCAGCGCAGAAGGCGUGACCGCUAUGACUUGGACGAUUACCAUGAUGAACUAUGAGCUGGAUGUUCUCCAAUUUUCAAGUAUGUGUUACACUACUUAAAAACCAAGAGUGUUCCACAUUUCCUGAGGCAGAAUUGUUCAGUAUGUGAAAUAUUUAAAACUCAAUUGUUGUAUAAUUCUCUUGUUGUUUGUUUUAAUAUCAUUGUCAACUUGGAAAUAAUUUCCCCAUUUUGAUAAAUUGAUUCACUUACUAGGUUUUAUGGGGACUGGAUUCCAUGUAUUUUCACAUUAAAUUUAACAUUUAUAUUCAAAUAUUAAAGGGAAACUUAUCAUUAUUGGAUAUU